GUCGAGAGCUUUUACUACAGUUCCUCACGACUCUUGUCACGCGGCGCGCGUCUUUGAAAUUAUUUCAAUUCACACACUCGAAGGAGCAUACCUGUCAGCUGAAAAUUUCAAACGUCUAAACGUCAGUGACUCGAGUGCAGCAAUGUCUCGUAUAUCGUACGCAACUCGAGCCAACAACCAAUCGGCUUUCUUCGAGAUACGACAACAAUAGAACAAGUGUGCUUCAAAAUUAAUAAAAAUCGCGUGACAUAUGGUGUUUUUCAAAAAGAAAAUCGACCCACAUAACCAUGAUUAUCGACAGGGAAUUUCUGAAUGUGUUAAUUUUGAGCUGGGGUUUUAUGUUCACGUUUUCUGCGUUUCUUACUACAAGCAACAUACAGAAAACAGUUUUGGACAGUAUCGCAAAUGAAGAUUCAAACUUCACAGGAGAUGGCUACAGCAGUUUGGCCAUCGUAUAUGCUGUGCUAAGCAUUUGUACAAUUUUCACACCAUGUUAUGCUCAGACAAUCAGUCCUCGAUUAUCAAUUUUCACUGGCUCCCUAUGUUAUGCAUUUUUUGUGGCCACUUUUCUCUGGCCACAGACAAUUUUACUUUAUUUUGCCUCGGCCGUUCAAGGACUUGGAGCCUCUUUGAUGUGGGUUGGUCAUGGUCGCUACCUUACAAAAAACAGUAAUUCCGACACAAUUUCUCGUAAUUCUGGAAUUUUUUGGGCCAUUUACCAACUUUCCCUAGUGACGGGCAACGUCUCCGUUUACUGCAUAUUUACAAGCAAGAAUUAUGAUAAACCAACGAGAAGAUUAAUUUUUAUCAUUCUUACCAUUCUUGCUGUCAUUGGAACACUAAUUUUGGCUACGUUAAGGAAGCCGCAAAUUGGACCAUUCAUUUCGGAAGGUGUUUGUGAAAAGGAAAAAGAAAAGGAACCAAAAAAAAGAAGUUAUUAUGCAUUACUUGUGGCUUGGAAGCGGAUGAGGAAAGCUUUAAAACUGAUCGUCACUCCAAAUUUAAUUAUGUUGACACUGACUUUCAUAUAUAGUGGUCUCGUACUUGCUUUUUAUUCAGGAGUGUAUACUUCCAGUUUUGGAUUUACUGCGAAAAUGGGAGAGUCGAGGAAAAAACUUGUUAGCCUCGUUGGAAUCUGUUUAGGAAUUGGAGAAGUGACUGCUGGAAUUAUCUUUGGACCUCUAGCUUCGAUAUUCAAGAUUCGAUCACGAUGGAUUGUUCUGGUUAUUGGAUCAAUAACACACGCAUUUUGUUACCUGACAAUUUUAAUAAACCUGCCAAACAACUCCCCCUUUACGGACACAGAUGACAUCGGUUUCAUUUCUCCGUCAGUAGCUUUAGCUAUGGUUGGAGCCAUAGCUCUUGGUUUUGGGGAUGCUUGUUUGAAUACACAAAUUAUUUCUCUUCUGGGAACACUUUAUUCAAAUGAUGCCGAAUCUGUAUUUUCGCUCUACCUUUUUGUUCAAUCGAUAGCAGUGACAUUAAGUUUUUUUUACAGUAACUACUUCGGUCUUCAUCUACAACUGGGCAUUUUGAUCGUGGUAGGUUUGCUGGGUACAAUCUCAUUUGUUAUAGUAGAUUUUAAAAGCAAAGCCAAUGAUAGUAUUAUACCAGUUGGUGUCGAAAACAAAACUGUAGAAAAUCCAGUUGAGCUGGAAACUGUAAAACGAUACUGAACAGUUUUCAAAAUGAAAUUGUGUUUAUAUAUGUGCAAUGUGUUUAGAAUAUUUCAAUAGUUUUGUACUCUUUGUGUAAGAUAAAUGAUAAGAUAUUAUUUGUAUGAUUGUUUAAAAGCACUUGAAACUUAAGUGCUAUUUGUAUUGUGCUCGACCUGAAAAUAUUGAAUACAAAUUUUUAUAGUACCUGAAAGAGACGCACAGAUUAUGGGCCGAAUACAGAUAAAAUGUGUA